AUCUACCCAUCAGAUUGCGCACUAAGAGUUAAUGGAGGAUCGGCUGUAAAAGUAUUGCAACGUUUCUCUCGUUUCUCAUACGUAUUGAUACGUAUUUAGGUUGAAUUCCAGCCAAUAUGGGGUUGAAAUUCGGAAACCUUGCCAAGAUCAAUGGCAUUGUCUACUUCCGACUUAGUCCAUAUGAACAAAAAGCCUUCAAGGGUCUAAUCUCUGAAGGUAUACCAAACUUGGCGCGCCGUAUCCAAGGUCGUGUGUUUCGAUCUGCACCCAUAUUCAUGGCUGCAUACUUGGUUCUGAACUGGGCGAAGGAAACAAACCACGCUGCUUCUCGCAAGAAUCCUAAAGACUAUGAAAAUGAUACGUAAAAUAUAGGUGAAUAAAUCUCUAACCAAUGUUACUUAGUUUACUGUACAAAUCAAUUUAAACUUCAAUUCUGAAGUAAAAAUAAAUUCAUGUAAGUUAUUGUAGUUCCUAGAAA